AUGGCUUUUACAGUUGACCGAAGCAAGUUUGACCCUGUCCUCGCGGAGCUUGUGGGGAAUGUUAAGGAGCAUUUUGGUUCGAAUGGGGCAUCUGGUGAAGUAAUAAACCAUGUUGAGAAGAACUUAAGAAAUGGCAAAAUGUUUCGCGCUCUCUCUGUACCACAAACAGGUCUAUCGACCCUAGAUCGUCCUAUAACGGAACAGGAGUUGCACGACCUCAGUAUACUUGGAUGGCUCGUAGAAGUGCUCCAAGCCUAUAUCUUAAUUCUUGACGACAUCAUGGAUAACUCAUUGACCCGUCGAGGCAAGCUGUGUUGGUAUAGACGUACAUCAGUCGGGAUGAAGGCUGUCAACGACGGAUGUCUGCUCAAGUCAUCUAUAUCUAUUCUCCUCAAGCAACACUUCCCAAAACACCCAGCAUAUCUAAAAGCCAUGGAGACUCUUCACGAAUUCGCUUUCUUGACUGAGAUUGGACAAGAAUGCGACGGCAUUGCUUCCGAUAACCGGGGCACCGAACAAUGGAACAUGGCAGAGUAUGAUAAUAUACAAACACGGGAUAUUCUUGUCCCGCUGGGCAGCUUUUACCAGUUUCAGAAUGAGUAUCUAGUUAUCUUCGGUAACCACCGUCUGACUGGGAAAAUUGGCACCGAUAUACAGGAGAAUAAGUGCUCCUGGGUUAUUAUCCAGGCAUUGCAGAUGUGCUCUACGGAACAGCGGCAUAUUUUGCUUGAGAAUUACGGUCAGCCAAGUCAAGAUUCGGCUAUGAAAUGCCAGCGGAUCUUCGAACUUCUGUCUCUGCGGGAGGAGUACAGAUCAAGGGAAGACCGUGAGCUUGACGAGCUGGAAGCUAGUAUAUGCAACUUGGAUGAGAGCGAGGGCGUGAAAAAAAGGCAUUCUUAA